UAGUCACUUACUAGAAAGUUCUCUCCACAUCUCGAAAUUUCCCGACGCGCGUCGCAUACACGCGUACAUUGUUCCAUUAUUCAUCCUAUGUUCCGAAAUUGUAUAAAAACCAUGGGAUUCUCCCCCUUCUAUCUUUAUCACUAUCUUGCAAUCUAUUAACUAAACAUGUAUCGCUUCCAGCCUACAUACAUCUCAUCUUUGCCCACCGAUCUGGGCUACUCACGACCUCCAUACUCUCGACAAAGGUACCUCAGUCCCUUUACUGAACAGCUCAGGGCUGCCGAGGCUCAACGAGAGGAGGAGGAACUCCUUCGCCGUCUGGAGGAGAUUCAACUCCAGAAACAACAAGAUCGCCUCCUUCGUCGUCGCUCCCCCUUCAGUGGCUACUCUCCCUAUCACUCUAGCUACUUGGACGAUGAUGAACUCGAACGUUUCGCUGCUGUCCGUCGACCGCAGCAAGAGCUCGAGCUCGAAUAUAUUCGUCGCAGGGAAGAAGAAGAGGCCAGACUUCUCGCCUUGAAGAGGAACGAAGAAGAGCUUAAGUUCCAACAGCUCAAACGUCUUCGAGAAGAAGAAGAGGCUCGUCUGGCUAUCCUUCGCCGCGAAGCUGAGAAAGCCGAAGCUGCUCGGCAAACACGAGCGAAGAAGGUAUGCGCAAAUAUACUCUCAUAUUGGCUUUUACCAAAAGUCUUACUGUAUCUUCAGGUUUCGCCUUGUUAUCCCCAAGAUACUUCAGGCGUCCAGCUUUGCCAAUUGUUCGGACCUCAAGCUCAACAAUUGAAACAGGUAUGUAUAUUAUCGAUCCUUAAUUCCUCAUCUGUGCUCAACGAUCUUCUACAGAAGAAGCCUCAUUCUAUCCGACGACCCAGUUCUAAUGUUAACAAGGAGCCAUUAACCCUCGAACAAUUAUUUUCGGACUUCGUUCAACAAAUAAACAAUAAAGAGCCUGAACGCGAGCAGACUGUGAAGCCCAAGGAAGAGCCUAAGCAAGAGCCUAAGAGGCAGACUCCCUCUCCUGCCCGCGAAUCCGUCCCGACUCCUCAAACACUCGAAGAAGUUCUUCGUUUGCUGUUUAACCCUCAACCUCAGGUUUCUAGUCCUGUGCCUGAGGAGAAAGUAGCAUCUCCCCCCGUUCAGGAAAAACCCAAAGCCAUAGAGGUCGAGGCACCUCGCACAGUGUCUGAUUCUGAAACUCGUCCAGUUUCCUCGCUCUCAUUGAAGGAACAACUCGAGGCUCGUCUGAACAAUGAUCAGUCUAAUGAGAUCAAGGACACCAUCCAGGCCGUCCUCGCUUCCUUGGCUCACGCUCAACCAACCCCCACCACAGCUCCUGUCACUUCUUCCCCUUCCGUUAGCAGCCACAAAGGCAAAGAAAAAGCCUCUGAGCCUCAGCCCGAGGUUAAGCCUACUCCUGGCGCCGCUCACAAGGCUCUCGAGUCUGUCAGGAAUAUUGAAGCUAGUCUCACUGCGCUGCAGGACGAGUUCGAAUUCCCCUCCGAAGUCGACUUCUCUCCCGCCCCUUCGAGGUCCUCAUCUCCUGUCCGCGACGAUAUUUCCGAAUCCGACACAUUGACUCUUAGAAAGCUAGCUUACACCGCUCGUAAUCAUCCCAUUCGAUCUUACGAGCAGGCUCUUUCCAGACUUCUUGUCCAGCUCGAUGAGAUUGAGAGUCAUGGGAAUGCCGAUGUGCGGAUCAGUCGGAAGGCUGUCGUGGCUCGUGUCGAAGGGGCCUUGGAAGAACUGGAACAGAAAGUCGAGUCAAGGUGGAAUAAGUGGAAUAAGAGUCACCGUGUCGAAAGGGAAGAAGAGGUAGAGGAGGUUCAGAAGAAGGUCGAGGAUGCUGCAGAGUCUUCGCAGGAAAAUCAAGCAGCAUCUGCUCCGGAUGACGUUGUCGCCGUGCAAGCCGCCGUUGAACUUGCCACCGAUCUCACCACUGCAUCACCUUCUUCUCCUGCCUCUCCCUCGGCUGUUCAUGUCUCUGCCGAUGACGUUUCACAGCGUCCUUCAUAUACGGAGGUCGCGAAACAUCAUCUAUCCGAAGCUUCUCUACCUGCAGCAGAUUCAUCUUCCACUGAUCCCGACGCCCUUCCCCCUGUCGAGGUAACCGAACACAUCGAAAACUCUUCUUCUGUGGAAGCUUCUGACCACCAAGUUGAAAGACACUCACAAGAAGAGGUUGUUCCCUCCGAUGCCAACGUCGAAGCGUCUGUCGUCGAACCGGUUCACCGGGCGGAGGACAAUGUCACCGGCAUCGAAGCUCAAGCUGAAACAUUGACAGAACCAGAAGUUCCUGCUUCUUCGUACCCUCCUACAUCCAACUCUUCCGAACCGUCAUCCUACCCACCUGUUAGCUCCGCUUCCACUGUCGCCCCCAUUCGACCUCCGGAAACGCAAGCUGUUUCUGACUCUGACGACAUCACGGAAGAUUUAUCUUCAUCUGCUGAAAUCUCAGAAGAUGUUCAUCCUGUCGUCAUUAGUGAGGAAUCUGAAGCUGAAGUCGUCGACACAUUUUUACUUCCUGAGGAUAAUGCCUCUGACGUUGCUUCAAAGCAAUCGCCACACGACUUGGAGGAUGUGGGAAGUGAUUGGUCGGAGGUCGAUGCGUAGGAGUCUCAUUUAAUUCUUAGUUUAUCGCGUAUACUAUCCGGACUUCAUCUAUCUCAUUGUGGUCCCUGAAUAAACAAGACCUUGCAUUGUACUACUACUCAUUACUCUUGUACUGUAUCUGUAACAGAUAUAAUAAAAUAGAAAUUCUUUGACUUGCCUACUUCACGAAGCUUAGCACAACAAAUCCUUACCAUCCC